GGGCGCGAGGCUCCAAACUGUUUUGGUUGUAAGAGGCGAAGAAACUGGAAUCAUUUAGGAUGGAGGAUAAGAUGAACAAGGAGAACAUCGAGGAGGUGAAAGUGCUGGAGGCUCAGAUCAGUUGUCUCCAGGCUGAAGUUGCAGAGUUGCAGCGCCAAAAGCAGGACAGCCACAAGGACAUGGCAUUCCACCUCAGAGGACAAGUACAGGAUGCCCUGUCGUAUAUGUGCGGACAGAGACUCGUAGGAGGGAAGGAGAAGGUGGUGUCCAGGCUGAAGGAGGGGGUGAAGGAACUGGAGGAUGAUCUGAAGCGGCAGACACAGCUGAAUGGCAUCAGUCUGACGAGCUGUGCCACUAAGACUCUGGAAAGCAGUGACAGUAAAGUGGUCCAGCAGCUCUGUGUAUCAGGUCACUGCUCUGAACUCGUCUUUCAGGUGGAAUUCCAGCUUACUGAGGUCAAGCAGGAGGGUCAGAGAUCUGAGAGGACAGUCAGUGAUCUGAACGUGGUGAUGGAUGCCAGUGACCUGCAGAACUUCAGCAGCUUCCUGUCUGGGGUGGAGGAGAGCAGGGAUCUUCUUCUGUUCUUCAGGACUCUGAGGACCUUCUCAGACAGAUGUGACGAGCGGUCCAGAACCUUCCAGCACUUCCAGGUAUCUGAGAAGAUCUCCAGAAUGUGGCCAUGGAACAAGUAUCCAGCCGUCGUGUCUCUUCCUGGAGGCUGCAGGUCAGAGGUCAUGACCCUGAAUCAUCCUGAGCUUCCUGGCUGCGUCUUGUUCGUUCAUUGGUCAGUUGACGUGUCCAGAGAAGGUGGAGUCGCUCCAAAAAUCAACCUGCUGACAAAGAUCCCAGAGAAAGCGCUGCAGCUGUUUCCCUCGCAGACUGUAGGCGGCGCUGCUGAGGCCUUUCAGAGCCUGCUGAGGAUUCUGGGACCUGAAGCCGCCUUGGAGUCGGUCAUCAGGGCGGUCGGCCUCUCGCAGGACACGUAGCUCACAUCGCACAGACCAGUUAAAAUGUGACUGUACAGCUCAUGAGCUAUCUGAUGUCAUUAUGACAUUUUUCUUUAAUCCUUCUCUAUUCAGUUCUAUGCAAAUAAAAGUAAACAGGUCAGUAAUCACACAGCUACGGUUUAGUCUCUU